AUGAAAUCUGUUGUGAGUGCCAUUAUUGAUCAAGAUGAAUUGGGAAAGAGAGGAGCAUCCGCUUACGUGGACGAUACUUUUGUCAAUAAGGAAGUAGUGAGUCUCGAUUAUGUCAAAAGAUAUUUUGAAAAAUAUGGUUUAGAGAGUAAAGAAGGUGAACAGAUUGGAUAUAAUGGGGUUUGUAUUUCGGGAUUACGUGUGUACAAGGGUUGGGACGAUAAAGUUUGCGAUGAAAACUUAAAGCGUGUACUUCAAGAGGUUUAUGAUGAGAUUGCAAAGUGCAAUCCAGCUUAUGGUGAUUGGGCUGUACAUGGUGACGAGGGGAAUGUGUGGGUUGAUGCAAGUUCUUUGGCAAGUGGUGCAGUUAUUCAAGUUGGUAAAACUACUGUAGAAGAUGCAACAUGGCUACAAAAAGAAAUGUCUGAGGAUUACAUAAACAUGGCAGAGCUGGAUGCUGUAAGGCAUGGAAUGAAUAUGGUUUUGACGUGGAAAUUAAAGAAAGUAACUAUCUUUACUGAUUCCGUGACAGUGUUCCAUUGGGUCUCUGACGCUCUCACUGAAUAUGGUAUUAAUGUGAGUGUAAAACUUGUUCCUUCAAAAGACAACUUAGCUGACGCAUUGACUAGAGUUCGAAGUAGAUGGUUGAAUAAAUUGACGGAGGCUAAGCAUUCGAGUAAUUCUGUUGGAGCAGUAUUUGCAGAGGCUGAAUCCAUUUCUAGCAUACACAAGAGAACUGGUCACUUUGGAGUGAAUCGCACUCUAAACUUUGUUCGUAAAAUAAUUUUAACUGCUACCAAAAAUAACGUUAGAGAAGUAAUUAAAAAUUGCAAACCAUGUCAGUCAAUAGAUCCAGCACCUGUACAAUGGGAGAAGGGAAAAUUGAGCGUUAAAGAAAAAUGGGAAAGAGUGGCCAUGGAUAUCACAAAUUUUGGCACAGAAAAAUUUUUAACUCUGGUUGAUUGCGAACCUUUAAGCACUGUGGCUUUCAAGUUCAUACGGAAGUAUUGCCAUUACUCGAAUACUCCGCCUUAUCUUUUGCGAGCGAGGAGCACCAUCUGA